UACUUAAUACUAACCCUCCAAAAGGAAAGGCACUGCCCACGUCGAUCGUGCAUCGCCUUUCCUUUCCUUUCGCCAUGGAAUAUGGCGAGAGAGAUCUCCGGACGGCCUCGCCGGAUGAUUCACCCAGCUCGUGCCCUCCAAACCCAUCUUUCCGGAUCACUCCCGACAAGAAGUUCCGACGAUCCCUCUCGACCAGAGAGCCCUCCUUCGCAGAGAUCUUCCCACCCACAAUCUCUCCACCUAGGCCGAGCACUUCAGCUCUCCCCUCGUCCCCUCUCUCCUCCCCGCUCCACUGCCGCCUCCCUCCUCCUGAUGCCGCCGCCGCCCCCGGCCCCGCCCCUGCCGCCGCCUCAGAGCCCUCCUACAGGUGCAUCUCCUCCCUCCUCCUCAAGAAGGACGGCCAGAUCCUGUCCAUGGCCAUGUCGAGCGACCUGAUCUACACGGGAUCCGAGCGGAACGUGAUCAGGGCUCGGAAGCUGCCAGCGCUUGUCGAGUGCGACCAGCUCAAGACCAAGGCCCCCAUGGCGGUCGCGCUGGCGGCGUCGGACGACCGGGUCUGCGCGGCGUUCGCCGACUUCAAGAUCCGAGUGUGGCGGAGGGUCUGGGACGGGAGGUUGAAGCAUGUCCGGCUGGGGACGAUACCGACGGCCGGGGGCUAUGUCCGGACCUACAUCACCAGGACAGACAAGAUGGGGAAGCACGUGGGGCCCAUAACCUCCCUCGCCAUCAACGCCGCCGCCGACAUCCUCUACUCCGCCUCCAUCGACCGGACCGUCAAGGUGUGGCGUGUCUCCGACCUCCGCUGCAUCGAGACCUUCCACGCCCACCCGGACGCUGUCAAUGCCCUUCUUGUCGCCGACCGUGAUGGUGUGCUCUUCACCGCCUCCGAUGACGCCACCAUCCGUGUCUGGCGGCAGGACCUCUGCGGGGGCUCCCGCCGCCACUCCCUCACCGUGACCCUCCCUGCCAAGCACUCCCCUGUCAAGUCCCUCGCCCUCUCCCCUGACGGCAAUGUCCUCUACGGCGGUUGCUCCGACGGCUACGUCCACUUUUGGCUCAAGGGCUGGUUCACCGGCCAACUCCAAUACGGCGGCUGCCUCCAAGGGCACACGCACGCAGUGCUCUGCAUGGCGACCGCAGGCAAAUUCUUAGUCACCGGGUCGGCAGACUCGACUAGUCAGGUUUGGGUGCGAGGCCAGGACGGCGAACACAGUUGCCUGGCGGUCCUGGUAGGCCACAAGGGCCCGAUCAGGUGCGUCGCGGCAUACCAUGGAGGAUCGACGUCGUCGUCCUCUAGCGGGGCCGAUGGGGGUGGUCGAUUAGGCGGCGCAGAUGAUCAUGAUCAUGAGGAUGGGUGUCCAAUGAUUUGCACUGGGAGUCUUGAUGGGGUGUUGAAGCUGUGGAAAGUGACUAGACCAGUUGUUUGAACGGCAGCGCAAGAGAUUAAAGGUAGCAAUUUUUCAUUGUCUAGCAUUAGCAAGAUUCUAAUGUGGUGGGUUUCUACAGUAUAUAUAACGCUACUAAUGCGCAAUUUAUAGAACAGUAAUUCCUUAUCGAGUUUUUACAUAGAACGCGAGAUCCUUAUCGAGGUCCUGCUAAGUCGAGCUCCUAUUUCCGGAAAGACAUGUCGCCGGAAGCCGACACCAAAGAAGAAAUCUAACUGUAAAGAAUCAAAGAUCAGAAAGCGACGUAUGAUUAACUAGACUUAUGGGAUGGUUUGGAAUUGAAGUACAUGUCCAUCGGGUGAUGUUUUGCAUUGCCGAAACCGGUAACUUGCCUUCUCCGACACAGGAGCAGAUCGCUCGUGCAUGGCAUCUGUCUCUCUUUAGCCUGCCGGAGGUUGCAUCUCCAUGAUCGUACCGGUGUCGCUCGAGUAACUCGUUCUCCCAUGCCGAGACCCCGACGCCCUCUUCAAGCACCGGUACAGGGCGAACAGAAUCAGCUUAACGCCCAAGAUGAUGCACAGGAUGACCAGACCGGAGACCACGUAAUCCUUGAACGAGCGGUGAUGCUUGCACCCGAAGAAGGGUCCCAGACACACCAUAGCUUCCUACGCGCGAGCAGCUCGGGCUUACGACCGACCGAUGUUGAGAUACUGGUCGUGGUUAUAAGGAGGAGGGCUUGUAUUCUUGCCUUGGAUCCGCGACAACUGUUUCGAUCACUUUCUAGUCAAGUUUGGUAUCGUUCGACAUAUGCAGGUGAGAAGGGUUGGAUUGGAAAGCCUGAGGAUUGAAUCUCUUUAGCUUUUUUCUUGAGCCUUUUUUAGUUGCUUCAAGCCUUCGACCUCUUGGGACUUUGCUUUUGAGUCCUAUGUAUUGGAGCAUGAGUCUAAUUGUGGUCCUAUGUAUUGGAGCAUCUCUUUUUGAGUUCUCUAUACAUUUCUCUUUUUGCAAUCCAUCUCGUGUGUCCCGUUUGAUUGGGGAUUGUUC